CGCUCUCGUCCAAGGCGUAAACGGAUAUUUGUGUUCCAGUGUGGCUGUGCAUUAAAGCCUGAAGCGGAGCCCUGCACAGAUCAUCAUCAGAAGAGACACUUGGCCUGUGUAAAGCGCCCAGGAUGGACUGAUACAUAUUUCUAAACGAGGUGAUGCUCAGAUAUGUUUGCUAUGGAGUUGGAUGUGAUACCAAAGUUUUCCUCCAAAGACGAGGAGAUUGACUUCUGGAAAGCGUUGUCUCUCAAAUACAAGAAGAGCUGUCAGGAUGCACAGGAUGAGCUGCUGGAGUUUCAGGAGGGGAGCCGUGAGCUGGAGGCAGAGCUAGAGGCACAGCUGGGCCAGGCCGAGCACCGCAUCAAGGACCUGCAGUCUGAGAACAACCGGCUCAAGAACGAGGUGGAUAAUCUCAAGGAGAAGCUGGAGCAACAGUACUCUCAGAGCUACAAACAGAUUUCUGUGCUGGAGGACGAUCUGGGCCAAACACGCAGCAUCAAAGAGCAGCUUCACAAAUAUGUCCGAGAGCUUGAGCAGUCCAACGAUGAUUUGGAGAGGGCCAAACGCGCUACAAUCGUUUCUCUGGAGAACUUUGAACAGCGUCUGAACCAGGCCAUAGAAAGAAAUGCCUUCCUGGAGAGUGAACUAGAUGAGAAGGAGUCUUUACUAGUCUCUGUGCAAAGACUAAAGGACGAAGCAAGAGACUUGCGACAGGAGCUGGCGGUGCGGGAGAGGCAGGUGGAUAGCACCAGGAUGUCCGCUCCGAGUUCUCCUACUCAGGACAAUGUGAAGAUGGACAGUGCAGUGCAGGCCUCACUGUCCCUGCCUGCCACCCCUUUGAGCAAAGGGCUGGACAAUGUCUUUGCCACAACAGCACUAUCAAACGGCUAUGGCAGUAACUCCCCACUGACCCCCUCCGCCAGAAUAUCUGCACUCAACAUCGUCAGCGAUCUUCUUCGCAAAGUUGGGGCUCUGGAGUCCAAACUAGCUGCGUGUAGGAACUUUGCCAAGGACCAGAAGGCAAGGAAGGCAUACACGCUCGACAACAGCAACACUCUCAACGCCAACAACAACUUCGCACAAUCACUUCAUACGUCAUAUUUUGACAAAGCGACAGAGAUGGUCACGUUCCCGGAUUUGAUUUUGCUCACUCACAACCACAGGGCUGUAAAUGGCGUAGACUCUGAAAACAACCCAACCAUCACUGCUCCACCUGCAGCCACUGUCCCUGGCCUCGUGCCCCUCGCUGUCUAACAAAAAAAAACAAAAAACACCCUUCUCCCAGUUCAAUAUAAGAUAACACUCAAGUCCUGGUGCAGAGCACUUAAACACAAAACGUUACAAAUUAAAUGUUCUAUCAUUGGGAUCACUUGUUAUUGUCUCGACACAUGUGCUUUGUAAUUUAUGUAACUGUGGUUCCCUGUCUAAAUAUUUUAUAUAUGGUAAAGUAUUUGCCUAUGAUAUUCACGUAAUAUUGGAUUAUGGCCAGGUUUAACAGGAUGUACUGUGGGGUGAUAUUAAGAGGUCAUUGUAAUAGUAUUGCUACUUUCAACAGUCGUUAUGACUUAACGGUUGUUUUUGCUAUUUAUAUUGUGCCACCUAAUCAAUGCUAAAUGUCCCAUAUGUACUCAAGUAUUGCUAAAAUGUUCGUAAAUCAGAAAUUUGACCUUUCGAAAAUAAACAUUGAAUUUAAUUGAGAAAAUGAUUAAAUACAGAAGUAAACCUCCUUGAUGCCAUAGUCCUGGUCAUAUUGAUCAUUAUUUACUGGUACAAACUGAGUGUUUGCUGUCCCUUACCUAUAUCAAGGCUGGUGUUUGAAUCACAAAACUCAUUUGUUACACUUUAUAUUAUUUUUAUUCAUGUGCAAUAUCAGAUUUUUUUACUGUCCAAUGUUAAUUUAUAACAAACUGGAGAUAUUAUUGGCAUGUUUUAAUAAAAAUAUGUAAGUUUGUA